UUUGUUCUCACCAUGACGCGUGACUCACGACCACCUGCGAAACGGCGACGAGUGAACUCUUCUCAAAGUCGCCCCUAUUCAAACUCGGAUCUGCCCUCGACUAAGACAUUAGGAUUGACCUGUUCAUCGUGCCACCGCACGGUUAUUGGCUCACUGAGUUGCCCUCGUUGUGGUCAUGCGACUUGCAUUAUUUGCUCUCGAACUUGUACUGCGGCCGUCCAUUCACCACCACCAACUCCCCAGUUGUCUUGGACACCUACUCCCACCUCGAGCCCGAUGCACAGCCCAAAGAAGUCUAUCCUGGCUCUCACCAAUACCAACUUAGAUAGCAGCAAUGCGAAACGCAAGAAGCCAGGUGAAGAAGAAGGGAUGGGUGGGUGCGGGCGGGUCGUCUGUAAAGACUGUUGUUUUGAAUCUCAGCAGGAGAGUUCCACCACCUGUUAUGACUGCUGCGGCCAUUAA